GAUCUCACCAGGAGACACAGAGCUUGCCUGACUGCCCAUCUCCAUGCUCAGACAUACUGACCUACAGCUUAAAUGAUUAACACCGUGAAUGGACAAGGUAUCCCAUGGAUCGAUUUCUUACCCUGUGAACACCAUUCAUUUCAGAAGCUCUGCUUCUGCUGCAACGAGACAUGUCACUCAGCGUCUUGAGUAGGAAAGAAAAAGAGAAGGUCAUCCGUAGACUCUUAAUCCAGGCUCCUCCUGGGGAAUUUGUGAAUGCCUUUGAUGAUCUCUGUCUGCUUAUCCGUGAUGAGAAGCUCAUGCACCAUCAGGGUGAGUGUGCGGGUCAUCAGCACUGCCAAAAAUACUGUGUGCCACUCUGCAUCGAUGGCAACCCGGUCCUCCUGUCUCACCACAAUGUGAUGGGUGACUUCCGGUUCUUUGACUAUCAGAGCAAACUUUCUUUCAGGUUUGACCUGCUCCAGAAUCAGCUGAGAGACAUCCAAAGCCAUGGAAUCAUUCGUAAUGAGACCGAGUACCUGAGAUCUGUUGUUCUGUGUGCCCUAAAACUUUAUGUGAACGAUCACUACCCAAAUGGAAAUUGCAAUGUGCUGAGAAAAACAGUCAAAACUAAAGAAUUCUUAAUAGCUUGCAUCGAAGACCACAGCUAUGACAAUGGAGAUUGUUGGAAUGGCCUUUGGAAAUCUAAAUGGAUCUUCCAGGUAAACCCAUUUUUAACCCAAGUAACAGGAAGGAUUUUCGUGCAAGCUCACUUCUUCAGGUGUGUCAACCUUCAUGUUGAAAUCUCCAAGGACCUGAAGGAAAGCUUGGAGGUGGUCAAUCAAGCCCAGUUGGCUCUCAGCUUUGCAAGGCUUGUGGAAGAACAAGAGAAUAAGUUUCAAGCUUCCGUCUUAGAAGAAUUGCAGGAGCUGUCAAACGAAGCCCUGAGAAAGAUACUGCGGAGGGACCUUCCAGUAACCCGCACUUUGAUCGACUGGCAGAGGAUCCUCUCUGACUUGAACCUGGUGAUGUACCCCAAGUUAGGGUACGUCAUUUACUCCAGAAGUGUGUUGUGCAACUGGAUAAUAUAAAGGGCUGCUCCUGGC